AUGGGUGCCAAUCUGACAUCUCCGCUCCCGCACCGCCCGCAAACAUCAGUCUGCAACCACCUCUUCUCGCCCGGUGACGGCGGUCCCACAUUCGCCCCGCAGAGGGAAUCGAGGACGUCGGUGAAGGAGAGCGUGCUGAUGCAGGGAUGGAACUGGAGCAAACGGAACAUCCAGCCGGUGAUGAGCAGAAGAUCUCUGCCCAAAUCCGGAUCCUCUUCCGAAGCCACGUCAUCAAAGUCGAGCGACAGUUUGGUGUCGUUCACUCGGAACAUUGGAACCUCCACGACGUCUUCGAGUUCAAGCCAGUACGGGAAAAUGUCAAUAUCACUGGAUCGCAAUCAGAAUUAUAAAACUACGUAUGUUGUUGUUCAAAUUAACCAUUUCUUCAAAACAGAUAUUUUAGAGCUCCGCGACCCGUGGACACGACCACCAUCAUUCCCAACUAUUAUAGUCUUCGAGAAGAGUUCCGAAGAGGACUUCAGAUUAAUCACCGUCAAGAUUUAGCCAACAAUAACCUGACGGCCAAUGAGCUCAGUGUUAUCAGCUCGCCGAAGCACGUUCCCAGGUGAGCUCACCAUCUUUGUUAUUGCAUUUUAUGUACUUUUAGGCCCCGAUCCUUGCGAGACGACAACGCGAACGAAGAGCUGCUUCCCGCCGAGCCAGAAGCCGUCCUUUCCGAGGUGAGCCCCUGCUUUUCUCUCUUUUUUUCGUUCUUUAUAACAAGAACUGUUCUAGACGAGAGGAUCCAAGAAGACUAUAAUCCAGGCGUCAACCUCCGAACUCCUCCGCGGGCUCGGCAUCUUCAUCUCGAACAACUGCGGAGUCACCGACUUCGAACCCGCCCAUUUGGUGACGUGGCUUCGUUCCGUGGAUCGGGCACUUCUUCUCCAGGGAUGGCAAGACAUUGCAUUCAUAAACCCCGCCAACCUGGUCUUCAUUUUCUUGCUGGUUCGAGACGUGUUACCAGGUAAUUAGGUCGUGAACGCCCUUCAAAACCACACUUUUCACUUCAGGAGAACGUCAUCUGAUUCACACGUUGGAAGAGCUCCACGCCUGGAUUCUCAGCUGUUUGUACGUCUCCUACUCGUACAUGGGCAACGAGAUCUCCUAUCCGUUGAAGCCGUUUUUGAUUGGAAAUGUGAGUUUUUAGUUUGUGGGCAUUCUGAAAAGUCUCUCAUUUUCUAUCUGAUUUUCAAGACAUUUGAGAUUGAUUGUCUCGAAGAUUAGGAAGUUUCAAUGAGUCUCAAUGCGGUUUUUUUUGGCUGGCUCAUUUAAAAUUUCAAAUUCUUGAGAACAUGUUUCUGCGCGCACGGUCUCCAGAGCUGACAAUGGGCGCGCAAGUGCGCCCCGCCCAAUAGAGCGAUACAUUGGCGCGAAAUUCAAAUUUUAACAGCAAAAUUUGUGUUUUUUGCCAGAUUAGCCACAAAAAACCGAUAAUUUCUCAUUUGUCUCUCGAUAGACCGAUUAUAUAGGCUAUUACAAAUUUUUUAAGCGCAAGAGCGUUAAAUUUGGUCAAGUCGCAAAUCACAUUUAUCCGUUUGAAGGUUUUUGGCUAAAAUUGCCUGAAUUUCAGUUGCUUUUCGGUAGUUUUCGCGGUUCGAGCGCUCAAAAUGCUUGUAUUUACGUGAUUUAUCAUUCUCACAACCAAUUCUGUCUGAAAACGGUCAAGAAAGCGCAAAAUGAGAAGUGCGGUUUUGAGGCGGCGAUCGGCGACGAAGGCGAAAAAGCGAAAUUCGCGAAAAAUGCGCCAAAACGUCAUUAAUUCUGAGAAUUCGUGUGUUUUCAUGUCGAACAAUCAUUUUUCAUCGCCGUUGACCACAAAAAUCAGAGAAAACCUGCUCAAUUCAUGAAAACGCCAUUUGGUCGCCGAGGCCACGCCCAUAUUGUCAGCUCUGGAGACCGUGCGGAGGGUUAAAUUUUUUUGGCUCAUUUACAAUUUAAAAUUCUUGAGAACAUGUUUCUGAAAAAACUGUUAGAGUGCCAACAAUAUUCCAGGAUCGAGGAAUAUUCUGGAAUCGUUGCGUGUCGAUGGUGACUAGCCACAGCCGCAAGAUGCUUCUCCUCAACUCCUCCUCGACCUACUUCACCGAAGUGUUCACCGAUCUCAAGCAUUGUUCCGAGUGA